AUGCCAGCGUAUCAGCUCUUGGACUAUGGGACCCGGAUUGCUCAGACCGUGGAGAGAAUGCGCCAUGACAGGGACGUAGUGGAGGAACUGCGCCUAUGGGGUGGCCGCCUUCUCACUCUCAUUGAUCGCACCGCCCCUCGGAUCAAGCAAUUUGACCUGACAGAAGGGCUACUCCGUCAACGCUGUCUUGUCGUCACUGGGCUGGCCAUGACGGGGCAACUGGACGAGGCCGUAGAAGCUCUGCGACAGGUCGAAGAGAUGCCCAAGUUGCCGCGCACUAUAUCACAUGUCAUCCGCACAUUCACUGCUGUCGCCCUUUCCGUUCAUCAAUACCGCGGCUCUCAGGAUGUCUUACGCUUCAUUAUAGAUGAAUGGGACUACGUCGGCACAUAUCUCGAGCGGACGUCUGUCAUCUUGUCCGCAGAUAAGGUCACAGCACUCUCAGGUUCACGCUUUAGAAGGCAUGUCUACAACAUAGUCUCUGAGAUCGAGAAGCCUGUCACACUGCUGCAGGAUAUGGAGAAACGGUGGUCAAACCACACGCGGGAGCUGGCGGGCUCGUUGCUCAUCGAAUCUCUUUGCUAUGCGGAAAUGGGGCACGAUGCUCUUGACGUCCUCGAUUACAUGAAGUUACAGUCACUGCGAGUGAGGCCCGAACAGCGUUUAGCUGUCGUUCUUGCUCUGGUGCAGUCUGAUGCAUUCCAGCUAGCGAAUCGCUUGUAUCAAGACAUCAUCAGCUUUAUGACUACGGGGUCUCUGUACGAUCGAUAUCUGUCGACGGGUUUGCAUUUAUACGCACACCAGGGUGACGUUGCUCGCGCCGAAGAAUUUUACAGCAAGCUGGCCCACCGAGGGCAAGCUGGGAUCCGCCAAAAGACCCUGUUCAUGCAUGCACACGCUGUACGGGGUGACUCUGCUCGUGUCGUCGAGCUCUUCCGCCACAUCUUCCCUCAGGACGAGUCCUCUCAGCCCAGGCCCGGCGUUAUCCAGUACACAACAGUCAUCUACGCGCACGCCCAAGCAGGCGACAUGGCGGGGAUGACACAGUGGCUGGAUGCCAUGGCCGAUGCAGGUAUCAAGCACGACAACCAGCUGUACGACAUCAUCUUGAAGAGCUUCGCGACGCGCGGUGAGGUUGUCUUCAUGUCGGAGCUGUUGGACCGGAUGCGCGCUGCAGGAAUCCUUCCCGGUAAGGAGUCGUACACAACGAUCAUCGCGCUACUCGCGCGACGCAACGACCCCAUCGCAGCGGAGGAGGUCUUUAAGCGUGCGCUGCAGGAGGGCGUGACGCCCGACCGGCGCAUGAUCACCACGCUGAUGAACGCGUACGUGGAGAGCGGGCAGUGGCACGGCGUCGUGCGCACGUUCGACUACAUCACCGCGUCGGCGCACCGGGGCAUCCGGCUCUCGCUCGAGGUGUUCAACACGCUGCUGAAGGCGUACGUGCUCAUCGGCGCGCCGUUCCGCAUCGUCGCGGGCGUGUUCCAGCGGCUGGAGCAGGCGCGCGUGCGGCCGGACGCGUACACGUUCGCGCUGCUCAUCCAGUCCGCGUGCGACUCGGGCCUGCUCGAGAUCGCGCAGGACCUCCUCGCGGAGAUGGACCGCCUCGCGGCGCGCUGGCAGUCGAACCUGCACAUCAACCUGCAGAUGACAUUUACCGGCGCCUUGUACAUCCACUGCCUGUCCCUGCACAUGAGAAUUAUCCCUUCUACACUCCCGGCGGAGGGGAUCAACGUUGGAUCACCGCCGGUGAAGUGGAAGAAGGGGGGCUGCAAUGGGAUUGUGGCCCAGCUGACAAACUCGCGAACCAUGGAGACAACGUUCGAUGAGGCACCCUUCAUAGACACUGUGCUUGUGGAAGGCCCCGGGCGAAGUCAGUAUGCGUCCUUCACGUUUGAGGACUUGAACGCGAUCGCACCAUGGCUGGAAGCGAAACAGAUUAUUGGCCCGAGCCUAGAUUCUGUCUCACUCCUCCCCGACUUGCAGCGGGAUUUAAGGCAUAGAACGUUGGUGCCAUGGCAUCUUUUCCACUCCACGACCGUUGCGAUCCCGCACGCUAACGUGCCGCUCAUUGAGGUUGGAAGUCUGCAGGCAGCUUUAGCCUUGUCUAUAAUCUCCGACGUUGUGGCAAUCUUGGGCUUUGGCUUUGACAGUGGCCCUGUUGCUUAA